AGCAGUGUCGAUUGCGCCUUCUGUCCACCAUGAACGCCCAAGAGCUCACCCAGUAUCUGGCGGAUGCCCCGCCCUCAGUCGUUAGGCUUGAGAUCGAGAAGCACUUCAACGCCCUUUCGGACAAGCAAAAGCGCUAUGCCCACUUUAUCAGCCAGGCCUCGUUUGCUGGCAACCGCAUCGUGCUGCGCCAAGUCUCGCCCGAGUCUGAGAGCAUCUAUGACUUCAUUCUUGCAUUGUACAAGAGCGCCGGCGGCGACUGGAAGGCGCUGGCCGAGAAGGCCGGCGUCGACGAGCAGGGGCUCUCGGCCUUCUUGCAGUAUGCCGCCCAGUUUCUGGGCAACAGCGGCAACUACAAGAGCUUCGGAGACUCCAAGUUCCUGCCUCGGUGCGACGAGUCUGUGUUUUCCUCUCUGGCCGCGACGUCGCCCGAGGCUGAAAAGCACUACAAGGCGACCAACGGCGCCAUCUUCUCGGCUGACAAGCCCAGCCUCCUGCACCUUGGAUUCCCCGAUGAUGGCCACUUGACAACCUACUACCCGGAUUCUCCCGACAUCGCCAAGGAGGAGAUCGGCGCGAUCUCCAAGUGGAUGGAGGACAAGGGCCUUCUCCCGGAGAACACCAGGCUGCGGAAGACCCAGGGUGGCGUCUUUGAGCUUCUGAUUGCCUCGGCCCAAACUGGUAUCCCUAGCAACGGCGGCGACAUCGGGAAGGAGAGCGAGUAUGUCAUCAGCGACGGGCUGCUCAAGGGCAAGACCGUCAAGCUGGUCUACGGAGACCACGCAAAGGAGAUGGAUGCAAUUGCCCGUUACAUCAAGAAGGCUGCGGAAAACGCGGAGAACGAGACACAGGAGAAGAUGCAUCUUGCGUAUGCCGAGUCUUUCGACUCAGGCUCUCUCCUCGCCUUUAAGGACAGCCAGAGGCACUGGAUUCGUGACCAAGGCCCGAUGGUGGAAUGCAACAUCGGUUUUAUCGAGACGUACCGCGACCCCGCAGGCGUGCGUGGAGAAUGGGAAGGGUUUGCCGCAGUUGAGAGAACUCGGGCGUUUGGGGAGCUCGUACGGUCUGCCCCCGAACUGAUCCCCUUGCUCCCGUGGUCCAAGGACUUCGAGAAGGACAAGUUCCUGUCGCCGGACUUCACUUCGCUGGAGGUCUUGACGUUUUGUGGUUCCGGGAUCCCUGCCGGCAUCAACAUCCCGAACUAUGACGAUAUUCGGCAACAGGAAGGAUUCAAGAACGUGAGCUUAGGCAAUGUUCUGAGCGCAAAGGCCCCCGAUGAGAAAAUCCCGUUCAUCUCCGAGAGCGACCUGCCGCUUUACCGGAAGUACCGGGAUGCUGCCUUCGAGGUUCAAGUUGGCCUCCAUGAGCUCACGGGUCAUGGCUGUGGUAAGCUACUUCAGGAGACAUCCCCCGGCGUCUUCAACUUCGACGCGGCGAACCCCCCCAUUAGCCCUCUUACCGGAAAGCCCAUCACGACCUGGUACAAACCUGGCCAAACCUGGGGCUCCGUGUUUGGCGGCCUCGCUGGCGCUUACGAGGAGUGCCGAGCUGAGCUUGUGGCCAUGCAUCUGAGUUGCGAAUUCUCCGCCCUCAAGAUCUUUGGCUUCGGGGACGGCUCCGUCGACAUGGAUGGCGAGGCGGGCGAUGUCCUUUACACGUCAUACCUCAGCAUGGCGAGGGCAGGCUUGACCUCAAUCGAAUUCUGGGAUCCGAAGAGCCAGAAAUGGGGGCAGCCCCAUUGCCAGGCUCGCUUUGCCAUCCUUAAGUCAUUCCUCGAGGCGGGCGAUGACUUCUGCAGGCUGGAGUACAAGAAUGACGACCUAUCCGACCUCACUAUUCGGCUCGACCGUUCCAAGAUCCUGACCAGCGGCAGGAAGGCCGUCGCGAGCUUCCUUCAGAAGCUCCACAUCUACAAGUCGACGGCUGAUGUAGAGGCUGGCACCAAGUUCUUUACCGAGAUGUCCGGUGUUGGGCUGGAGUACUGGGGAACCAAGGUGCGAGACGUUGUGCUGAAGAACAAACAGCCCCGGAAGGUAUUCGUGCAGGCGAAUACCUUCCUGGACGAGGCUACUGGCCAGGUCACUCUCAAGCAGUACGAGCCCACGCCUGAGGGAAUGAUCCAAAGCUGGGCUGAGAGAGACGUUUGACCGGCUAGCGGUUGGGUGCCGCGCAGGGUGCACCGGUUGCCAUGCGGUAUGCCAUUAUGGGAACGGGAGAAGGCCAUUUGCACCGAAGCAACUUGGAUUGCGCUGCGGCCAGCUUUUGGUGUACGUUAACGUUAGUCCGAAAGCCUCUUCGGCCUAGAACACUGGCCAACGGCAGCUCAGCU